UAUUCCCACUCUGUCUCUCACUCUCGGUCACAGACUUGCACACACACAUAUUUUCGACAGACGUACAUGCUGCUUUAUCGCACAUGCGCACUCAGGCUGAGAGAAGAAGCAAGCACAGACACACACACAUGCAUGCGCCUGCAGCCACACUGCCUGAUUAGCUUGCGAGAGCUGUCUACAGCAUCCAGGGAAAUGGCGCAAGAGGCAGAGCAUUGGAGGAGGAACGGCAGCCCAAAGCAGCAGGAUUAGACCUCUGGCAAUUUGGCCAGCUGAGGCAUGGAUUGACACGCAGCAGGGGACUGGGAUACGGAGCUAUCAGGAAGCAGCUUGACUGACUGUGGACUGACUGUGUUUUGCUGGGAUCUGUGUGAGACGGCACAGGCGGGCUGAUGCACCGGUAGGACUGGGCCGGGCCUUUGGAUCUGUACCGUGGGGGAGGGGCAGUCGACGCAGGAAGAGGGAGUCUGUUUUUCCAGACCACAGCUCUGGUGUGAUUCUUCAGCCUGGCCGUCAGCUUCAGGCCUGCCUGCAUCCCUCUCUGUCUCUUUCUCUCUCUCCCUCUCUCAUCCUCUUCCUCCUUGUUUUGCUCUUGCUUUUGUCAUUUGUUUCUCCCUUAUUCCUUUCCCAAUGUUCCUGCUGUCAUCCUUACUCUUUACCUCCAUCAUUUGCUUCAAUGGUCAUCUCUCCAUCCUGCCGUCUUAAUCACUCCAUCCCUCUCCUCUCCAUCAUCUAAAUCUUUUAUUACUGUUUGUCAAGAAGCUUAGCUCUCACAGCAUCAUUUUUUUGUUUACAUCUCUCUCACAUUCCCACUGCUCUCCUCCAUCGGCUCUUCUCUGUGCCCUUCAGACGGUCCCUCGCUCCCUCUCUUUUCCCCUCCAUCUUCCCUCUUUCGGCUCCCAUCCACCUCUACCCUGCAGUGACAGUAGAUUUGGGUCAGUCUGCUCAGCAAAUGGGAUGAGAUGUAGUCUCUACAGCAGCCGGAUCCAGGGGGCUCCUGGUCUGCCCAACAGGGGGACCCUCAUCUUUGGACCACACUGAGGCUGGAGCCUGACUCUGGACUGACUGGGGGGCCUGCUUUGGGGUGCUGCAUGUAGGCAAAGACAGUCUGCACCAGCAGCCCCUACCCUCACCCCCUUCCCCGUUCCUUCGACCCCUCUCGGGGCAGCCGUCACUCUGGAGUGCCCCGGCUUGACUGGCUGUGGCAUCUCCUCACACAACUUGACGACGCCCUCAUGCCACUGGGGCACCCGCAGCGCCCCUACUCCACUCCACUACCGAACAUCCUGCUUGUGCCAUCGGCCCAAACCCCCUGUCACCCUCAACAUGGGUGUGGUAGAGGCCAUUGAGCCAGUGCCAUCCCCCUGCCCCUCGCCUGUACCAGGGGGCUACAGGCUGCCCCGCUCCUCCAGCUACAGCCCCCUGCAGGGGAGGGCAGGGGCAGAGCUGGAUCUUGGUGCGGCUGCUGGAGGGGUUCUGGAGGGGAGUGGGACGGCGGCGGAGCGCAGGACACCUUUCGUGGACUUAUUCUGUGAGACCUGCUCCAGGCCCUGGCUCAUUGGCUGGUGGGACCAGUUCAAGAGGAUGUUGAACAGGGAGCUGUCCCAUUUGUCAGAGAUGAGUCGCUCAGGGAACCAGGUGUCAGAAUACAUCUCCACUACCUUUCUAGAUAAGCAGAAUGAUGUGGAGAUCCCAUCCCCGACUUUGAGGGAGAGGGAGAAGCCCAUGUGUCACAUUAGCGGUGUGAAGAAGCUCACACACAGUUCCAGCCUUUCAAACUCCACCAUGCCUCGGUUCGGCGUGAAGACUGAACAUGAGGAUGCGUUAGCCAGGGAACUGAACGACUUGAACAUAUGGGGCCUUAAUAUCUUUAGUGUGGCAGAGUUCUCUAAUAACCGACCCCUCAGCUGCAUAAUGUUUGCCAUCUUCCAGGAAAGAGAUCUACUGAAGACCUUUCGGAUCCCUGUGGAUACAUUUGUCACCUACGUAAUGACCCUGGAGGACCACUACCAUGCCAAUGUGGCCUACCACAACAGCCUCCAUGCUGCAGAUGUCACUCAGUCUACUCAUGUACUGCUAUCCACACCGGCUUUAGAUGCUGUGUUCACUGAUUUAGAGAUACUAGCUGCGUUAUUUGCUGCUGCCAUCCACGAUGUGGACCAUCCAGGAGUGUCCAACCAAUUCCUCAUAAACACAAACUCCGAGCUAGCUCUGAUGUACAACGAUGAGUCUGUGUUGGAGAACCAUCACCUAGCUGUGGGCUUCAAGCUGCUUCACGAGGACAACUGUGACAUCUUCCAGAACCUUAGCAAGAGGCAAAGACAGAGCCUAAGGAAACUUGUCAUUGAUAUGGUUUUGGCAACAGACAUGUCUAAACACAUGAGUUUGCUGGCAGAUCUUAAGACUAUGGUGGAAACCAAGAAAGUGACAAGUUCUGGAGUACUGCUGCUUGACCAUUACACUGACCGGAUACAGGUGUUGAGGAACAUGGUGCACUGUGCUGACCUGAGUAAUCCCACAAAACCCCUGGCGGUGUAUCGACAAUGGACGGAGAGAAUCAUGGAGGAGUUCUUCAGGCAGGGAGAUAAGGAGAGAGAGCGAGGGAUGGAGAUCAGUCCCAUGUGCGACAAACACACUGCAUCUGUGGAAAAGAGCCAGGUGGGCUUUAUUGACUACAUUGUCCACCCACUGUGGGAGACAUGGGGGGACCUUGUGCACCCUGAUGCCCAGGACAUCUUGGACACUCUGGAGGACAACAGGGACUGGUACCAGAGCACUAUCCCCCAAAGCCCCUCACCACCUCCUGUGUGUCAGGAUAAGGAUCUAAAUGCAUGCAUGGACAAGUUUCAGUUUGAGCUAACCCUCGAAGAUAGCUCUCAGAGAGAACAGGGCGAUGAGGGGGACAAGCCUACGCUGAACCAUGUGGCACAGGACUGCAGUCAGAGGGAGGAAGAUGAGGGUAAAAAAACGGAAGAGGAAGACAUAAUGGUAGAGGAGGAAAAUGAGGACAUAAUAGAAGAGGAAGAUGAGGUGGCAAUGGAGGAAGAAGAGGUGGAAGAGGAGCAGGAGGAGGAGCUGAAAGCUCAGUUAGAGGUGAGAUCUGAAAAGGAGAGACUUUCUGACACAAGUCCUGUAGAGGAAGAGGAAGACUCUUCUUCACAAGCUGAAGAUACAUGAGUUUUGCUCCCGUAUCUCCCUCUUCACUUGCACACAUUAUCUUGUUCAUCCUUUCAAUGGCCAAACCAAGAACAAAAAAAGACUGCAAUGACAAUACAGACCUUUAAAUAUAUUUUUCAAAAAGGGAAUAAAUUAGAAUCACUAAAAGAGAAGGUAAUUACACAGCAACUGUAGAUUUGGAGUGGUGACAAGUCCUCCGACUGAUUCCACAACGAACUUUAGACUUAAGAAGAAUUUAGAAGAGCAUGAAUGAUGGGCAACUGCAGAAAGCGUAGCACUCUGAGACUGGAAUGCACACACACAAACACACAAAAAGUGACACACACACACGCACGCACGCACGCACACACACGCACACACACACACACACACACACACACACACACACACACACACACACACACACACACACACACACACACACACACACACACACACACACACACACACACACACACACACACACACACACACACACACACACACAGUUGGUUUGUAUGUGGGCAUGUAUAUGAGGACAUUGACUAGUAAUGAAUCUCUUUGGAAAAAGCCAUCUCUUAAUGGAGUAUUAACUUGUGUUCAGUCAGUAUUAGUAAUUCAUGUUUGUAAGAACCUCAACAGAAAUUGUUCUCCUCAGAAAGGCUACACAUCCGAGUGACUUUUUUUUUCCAUUUCUGUCGGAAAGAAAAAUAAGAACAUCCAGAGUUGGAGGAGGAGAGAGGAAGAUAUCGAAAGAAAAGAAGAUGCUGCGACGAAGGGGCCGCCAGGUCCCUUAACCCCUUUUCCCUUUACGAGGAGAGUGCUACUGGUGCAAGAUGGCUCUGUGCCUUUCUGAAACACCAGCUUCCUGAAUGGAGCUGUCGUGAAGCAAUGCAUUGUGGUACAGGAGUGUCUGAUUUUGUUAUCAUUUUUGAUUGUCUCUCUUUACUGUUCAUGGUAUUGUGGUGUGUAUAUCUCACACGUACAGUUUCUGUGGUGAUAUGUUUUAAGCUGUAAGUCUUCCUUUGUUGCUCUUCUGGUAAUCUAAUAACUCAGAAAUGUAGAUGCAGAGCAAUCACAACCACCACCACCACAACCACCAUUGGAUUCUUUCCAGCUUACCAGUAUGUUUUUUUUCUUAUUAGAAUGCUUUUUUAAAACUUUCUGAGAAUAAGCCAUGUAAUGCUUUGAAGCAUAACUUUUGCCUAUUUUCUAUUUAACAGUUGCUAAAAAUGUUGAAGGGAUACAUCAUUAUUUUAUCAGCAAACAACAAAUUUCCACUUGCCAUCUUACACCCACUUGCACUGUGUGGUUAUGUCUCCUCAUGAACAAUGAUUCUCACCAAAGUAAAGGAUGAGAAACAUCAGUGGGUGAAGUGAUUU